AUGGGCAAAGAGCUGGUGGACACAGAAGUGCUGGAGGCGGCCAACGACGUCGAACUCGUCGAGUCUACCAAGGCCAAACUGGACAGCUCGGGCUUCUUUUUGACGUCAUUUGACGUCUUCUUCUUCUUCCGCCGACUGUUGCGAAUCUUCUUGAGGAAGGCGUCCAUCCUCCGAAAUGGCAACGAAUCUAUGAAUUGGCAAGGAGGCGAGGCAGGGCGGCGGCGGAUGAUAAGGCUUCCAUAUUGGAGGCCUCGGCGGCGGCCACCACAACUUUUUCCUUUUACUUUUUCCGUCGCCAGAACCCCAAACGAGGGCCAAGAGCUCCUUUUUGGAGGUGUGCAGACGGAGAAACGGAGCAAAUCUCCAAGGAAACGACGGAUGAGUUUUCCUAUCGAUAAAGAGCACGCUCUACUUCCUUUUCUACGCAAAUCCUUUUUGGAGCGAGUCUCAGAGAACGCCAGAAAGUGACAUUUAUUACUUUGAGAGCUCAAACGAUGCGUCAUUUGCUGGCCAACAUGUGACCGACAAACUGAUAAAGCAACCAUGUAAAACGUUUGUAAUGGUCUCAAGUCCAAAUAAAACGCGUUCGUGGUAAUAAGAUCAAAGGAAAUAAUGUUGAAAAAGGAAAAAAGACAGUAAAAAAAAGAUGAUUCCAGAACUUUUUUCUUUUUUUCAAUUCUUGAACUGAGAAAUUGGUCAAUUGGAAAUUGAAUUAUGAGAAUAAUUUUCUUGCAGUAAGACUUUGAAAAAAUAUACGAUUCAAAGAAAAGAAAAGUUCAGAGAAAAAAAAGAGAAAUUUUAAAAAAAUUCUAUAUCAUUUUACGGUUUAUUUGGAAAACAAACCAUGUAAACACAUGGUUCCGAGAUCAUUCGUAGCUUGAAUUCCGACUGUUAAAAGUUUUAGAACCUUCAAAAUUCUGAGAAACUAACAAAGACCAAAAAAAAACAUUCAGAGCUGAAAAGAAUAUUUCAAAAGACUUAUUAAAAAUUUAAAGAGAAAAUGGUGAGAAGUCUGACACGCUGGGGAAGUUUGAAGACGUCUUUUUUGUCUUUAAAUUUCAGGACUCCGAGAUUUUAAAAAAUGAAAAUUUCAAUAUAGAGAGCUCUAACGGAAUAAAGCGCAUUAUGAAAAAAAUUCUUCAUCUCGCAAAAAAGUUUUUUAUUGAUGUAUCAUUACGAAAAAGAAACCUUGCAGGACAGGAGUAUUGCUAGCAGGAGAAUUGGAGGUUGUCGAACUCGACGUCAAGGUGGACGUGGAUCCGAAGUUGGACCGCGACGUCGAAGGAACCGCAUCAAAUGGAGGAACCCGGCUUGUCGCCACCACCAUGUCCAUGACUUGCUGGAGACCGGCCGGAGCCGAAAUUUUGCGUCGGUCGUCGAGAGAUCCACUCGACGUCGACGCCGUCACUCCGGCCGACUUGCGGCGAAUCGACGGCGACCUGCGGCGAGUGACGAGGUCAGCGAUCGCCGUCGCGAUUUUCGUCGCCGUUGAUGGUCGCUCGUCGUGGCGGUGCAUUCUUUCACUGUUUCAUUCAAUAUGGUGA